CACACUCACCACGUGCCUGUCUCUCUGUCCGUUUAUUUAACGCUAAACAAGCGGAAAAGAUCCACCAUCCGAAGCUCUCACUUUAAAUUGGUACCAUGGAUGCAGCAGAGUUUCGGCGCAGAGGGAAGGAGAUGGUGGACUAUGUGGCCGACUACCUGGAGAACAUCGAACAGCGUCCGGUCUACCCAGAUGUGGAACCGGGGUACCUUCGUUCCUUGAUCCCCACUGAGGCCCCACUGGAGCCUGAAAAUUAUGAUGACAUUAUCAAAGAUGUGGAGAGGGUCAUAAUGCCAGGGGUCACCCACUGGCACAGUCCAAACUUCUUUGCCUACUUUCCAGCUGCUAGCUCUUACCCUGCCAUGCUGGCCGACAUGCUAUGUGGAGCCAUUGGAUGUAUUGGAUUCUCCUGGGCUGCCAGCCCAGCCUGUACAGAGUUGGAGACGGUGAUGUUAGAUUGGCUGGGGAAGAUGCUGAAGCUGCCUGAGCAUUUUAUAGCCGGGACUCAUGGCCACGGAGGAGGUGUCAUCCAGAGCACAGCCAGUGAGGCAACCCUGAUGUCCUUGCUCGCUGCCCGCUGUAAAGCAGUCAGAUGGGUUCAGGCCACCAACCCUGAAAUAUCAGAGGCUGAAAUCAUGUCCAAACUGGUGGGGUACACCUCUGAUCAAGCUCAUUCCUCAGUGGAGCGUGCUUCUCUGAUUGGAGGAAUAAUGAUGAGAAAGGUUCCCACAGAUAACGCCUAUGCUGCCGGAGGGCGCAUGCUCAAGAAGAUGGUGGAGGAGGACAAAGCGGCUGGACUCAUCCCUUUCUACUUCUGUGCGACCCUUGGCACCACAUCAUCCUGUGCUUUUGAUCACAUUAUCGAGCUGGGGCCCAUAUGUAAUGAGGAAAAUAUGUGGAUGCACAUUGAUGCAGCAUAUGCAGGGAGUGCAUUCAUCUGUCCUGAAUUUAGGCCUUUGCUGAAUGGCAUUGAGUUUGCAGACUCUUUCAACUUCAAUGCCCACAAAUGGCUUUUAAUCAACUUUGACUGCUCUACAAUGUGGGUGAAGAAGAGAGAGGACAUCAUUGGAGCCUUCAAGAUGGAACCACUCUACCUGAAACAUGACAACCAGGAGUCAGGGCUGGUCACAGAUUAUAGGCAUUGGCAGAUUCCACUUGGAAGAAGAUUUCGCUCACUAAAGAUGUGGUUUGUCUUCCGUAUGUAUGGGCUUCAUGGCCUGCAGGCUCAUAUACGAAAGCACGUGCUCCUGGCCAAAGAAUUUGAGAGUCUUGUGCGAGCAGACAAGAGGUUCGACAUCUGUGCCGAGGUUGUCAUGGGACUGGUUUGCUUCAGGCUCAAGGGCUCCAAUGAGUUGAACCAGCUCUUGCUAAAAAGGAUCACCAGCAGCAGAGAGAUCCACCUGGUGCCUUGCCAGCUCUCUGGCCUCUUUGUCAUCCGCCUUGCCAUCUGCUCGCGCAGCACUGACUCAUGUCACAUCCAACAUGCAUGGCGGCACAUCACGCAGCUGUCCUGUGAGCUUUUGCAAGAUAAUCAUUGACCAAAAGGCUGGAAAGGGGCAUGUGAAAAUAAUCUGUUACAAAACGUAUCAAUAAAAACACAAAUGUGUAUGAAAUGAAAGAAUGCAGGUUCCAGAUAUUACAUUUUCUAUCUGCAACUUCUCCCUCCAUUGACUUUGCUCUUAUCCCUCACUUUUUAAUGAUUAUGUUAUUGUCCUCAUUGUAAUGCAAUCACCCCGCUGUGGAGCUGUCUUUUCUGUCUUUCUGUCUUUUCUGUCUUUUCUGUGUCUUCUGCGAAAAAAAACAUGGGUUGGUUUGUGGUGAAUUUGUUGCACUUUGUGUUUGUGUGCGUGUGUGUAAAUUAAUGUAUGAGUCAAUGGGUGUCUGUAAUAGUCUCUGGGUGGUCAUACAGAAACAGCUUUUAUAUGUCUAUGUUUCUUGAUAUGCUUAAAUAAAGGAUUAUAAAUAAAUACAUUUAUUUAUUAUUAAUAUAUGACUUCAUUAGCUAAAUUUGUUGUUUUUUCAUAUAUAAUGGCAGGCAAGGACCUAUCAUGUUUUUGGAUAAAGAAUUCCUAUACAUUCAUUUAGUGUUUUAUGCACUGAAGUUUCCCAAAACUGUACAAGACAAUCGUUCUUUCACAGUCUUAACAUAAUCACCCUAUAGUUAUGUUUCUGUGUUCAGACAGAAAUAAAUUAUUGAAUAGAGUUAAAAAGAAUAGAGUUUGAAAUCUAAGUUGUGUAAGUGGUUCAUAUAUUUGAUAUUCUUUGACUGCACACUAACAUAUAUGUGGUUGCUAUAAGAUCAUUCCAUUACAGCAGUACAAGGAAUCUCGGACCUUCACACCCCCUACAUCAGUCUCUCAUCAUCUAUCCAUCCAUCCAUUUUCUAUCCAUCCAUCCAUU